UGCAUCGCCCACGCCAUUGGAAACCUAUGCCAGAGCUUCCUGCUCUCCUAUGGAGUUAGGGUUGGGGUCGGGAUCCUCCUCCGAGCGUUCAAGCUCGCCAAGCGACGGUCGUACUCGUCGAUCCUUGAUCUCAAGCAACUUGUUUCAGAGAAAGAUCUGAUAGUAAGAGAAGAAGCAUGCAGAGUGGGAUUGCUUUUUGGUGGUUUUACUGGAUCCUAUCAUGCUUUGAGAUGUCUUCUGAGAAAGUUACGCAAGAAAGAGACUCCAUUAAAUGCAAUAUUAGCAGGCACUGUUGCAGGCUUGUCUGUAUGGCCUUAGAUGAUUCAAGUCGCAGGCGCACUCUUGCUUUAUACCUUUUAGCAAGGCUUGGUCAGUGCGCCUAUAAUUCUGCAAAGGCGAAGAAUAAGUUUCAUCUCUGGGGAAGUCAUUGGAGUCAUGGAGAUUCUUUACUUUUUUCUUUGGCAUGCGCUCAGGUUAUGUAUGCAUUUGUAAUGCGACCUGAGAGCUUACCUAAAGCAUAUCAAGAUUUUAUUCAAAAGACCGGACCAGUUGCUGCGCCUGUGUACAAGGCCGUGAGGGACUGUUGUAGAGGCUCUCCUGUGGACAUUGCUAUGCUAUCAGCUUACCUAUCUAACAAAAAGGGAUCCAGUUCUGUGAAGUUGAUGGAGCAUCCCUCCAUAAUACCAUGUUCUGUAAUACAUCCAAAUACAAGUUCUUGUCUAGUUCACAAUGCUGCCGCUGUUUCAGCAACAUUUCGGAAGACCUUUCCUCUAUAUUUUUCAUUAACAUUUGUACCAUUUGUUGUUCUCCAUCUACAAAAGUUCUUGGAAUCUCCUACUUGGACUUCUUGGCGUGCUGUUCUCGAUGCUGUUCGGUCAACAACAUUCUUGUCCGCUUUUGUUGGAAUAUUCCAGAGUGUCAUCUGCUUACACCGUAAGGUGACAACGAAAGAUCACAAAUUUUUGUACUGGGUUGCCGGUGGGAUAUCUGCCCUUUCUGUACUUCUGGAAAAGAAAGCAAGAAGAUCUGAAUUGGCCCUUUAUGUUCUUCCUCGAGCUGGAGAUUCUUGGUGGUAUAUCUUAGUGAACCGUCACCUACUGCCAAAUAUAAAAAACGCUGAGGUAGCUUUGUUCUGUUUGUCCAUGGGAGGAAUCAUGUACUACUUGGAGCAUGAACCGGACACUAUGGCUCCAUUUCUUAGAGGUAUCAUUCGUAGAUUUCUUGCUAGCAGAAUAAGCAAUCCCAGCCCGCCUCCUAAUCGAAAUGUUUCGUAUUCAUAUUUGCAAUCUCUUGGUUCCAUUGAGACUCAUAAAUCACCAAAGAACGAGAUUACUGAAGCGACGGCAUCAGCAAAGUACAAUCUUGAGUCUAUCCCCGGAUUAUAGAGGUUUGUAUCUGUUAUCUUCAUGGUAACUUGACAAUAAAGGAUGGAAGUGGUCCAUUUUUUGGAAUUUUAAUAAACAUAGAGGGAGUUCAGGAGUCUUGUGCGAAUCAUAUAUGAAAACAAGUUAACAGUGUUAUGGAGCUGAGAAAACCUCACAGUAACGUCAACUAUUAAGCAUUCAUCAGGACAGCUGCCGCUAUUUUGUUAGAGAUUCCUAUGUUAUAAUCAAAUGUAACCAUUUAAAAGAUAGUAGUGGUGCUUAUUUGUGUUUUAUUUGUGUCAAUGUGCCAUUAUGCUUGUAAACUUUAUAAAAUGAUCUAUUCGCCAAGUUAAAGGUCAAUAUGUUACAAUUAAAAUGUAAUCCAUUAUGAAGGAUAAAAAUUUAGUAGCGCCUAUUUGUAUUU